UGCACCUUCUGCUGCCCUUAAGUCCUGCUUUACUCCCCACGCUGCCAGGAUGGUUCAUCCUGGAAAACCUGGAAUUGAGGGUGCCUGAGACAAAAGAAAAGCAUCCACUGUGAGUCAAUGAACUCAAUGGUCAGCUGAGUGGCCACAGCUGUCCAUGAGCCACUGACCCUGCUCCUCCAGGUUUGGUUUAGUCACUCAAAAUCUGCAAUGCACCCUCUCCCUUCCUUCAGUGCCACUGAGCUGUGCCUCCACCUCACCCCUACGCUGCCAUGGCCACGCUAGAGACGCUGCCCGUCCUCAGUGACCCGGCCUACCCCAGCCCGGAGAACUUCCACGGCUUCGUCCCCCGCUACUCCCAGACCAUCCCCAAGAGCGCCAUGGGGAGCGUGGGCAGCGGAGUGGCCAACGACCAGGAGUUCGCCAUGAAGAGCGUGGGCACCCGCACGCAGAGCAGCGGCCGGCAGAGCGAGGGGCCCCGCAACGGCUACUCCGCGCGGGACAUCUCCAACCGCUACUCCGGCGAGGAGAAGACCUACAAGUCGGAGAAAGUCUCCAACUCCCUCUACAUCAACGGCGACCUGCGCAAGAGUGAGAAGGUGAAGAUGGACAUCUGCGGCAACGUGACCACCAACAACGAGAAGAACUUGCCGCCGCCUCCCCAGUACCGAGAGCCCAGUAACCCACCAAAGAUUUUGCCGAUCUCCGGCAAACUAGACCAGAGCAAUGAGCCCUUAGUUAGACCCUCAGCCUUUAAACCAGUAGUUCCUAAAAACUUCCAUUCCAUGCAGAACCUCUGCCCGCCGCAGAGCAACGGGAUGGCAGAGAACAGAAAGAGCUUGAACCAUGCCAACAGCAAUAGCCCAUCCGCACCCAAGGGUGGACUCGACAAGAGCAGCCUUAACAGGACUACAAACCAAGGCGGGGGGCUCUCGGAUUCGGGCCGUAACUCGCUAACGAGCCUGCCCACCUACGGGACGGGCUACAGCCAGCACGUGGGCCCCAUGAGCGCCUCCACGAGCCACAUCAACCGCAUCGGGACCACCUACGUGGAGAAGAACAUCGUGGGAUACAACGGGAUAUCUACCUCAGACAGCGGGCGGUCCUCGAGCAAGAGCACCUCGUCCUUCAACAGACUGAACCAUCUCAACGAAACGAUGCCUUUCCACUCGCCCUCCACCGACGACAUCAUCCAGGACCUGGAGGACCGGCUGUGGGAGAAGGAGCAGGAGGUGCUCCAGAUGAGGAGGAACCUGGACAAGAGCGAGGCAGCCAUCUUCCAGGUGUUUGAGGAGAAGCAGAAGAUCUGGGAGAGGGAGAUGGAGGACCUGAGGCAGAACUAUGCCAACAAGUUGCAGCAGGUCUCCAAAAAGGCGCAGCGGGCUCAGCAAGCUCUGCAGCUCCAAAUCUUCAAGCUCCAGCAGGAGAAAAAAAAACUCCAGGAUGACAUGGGACAACUCCUCCAGCAACGAGAGGAGCUGGAGAAGAAAUUUGUGGCUUUCAAGAAGGAGCAGGCUGAGUUUCUCCCGAAGAUUGAAGAGACCAAGUGGGAGGUGUGCCAGAAGGCAGGUGAGAUCUCCCUGCUCAAGCAGCAGCUGAAGGACUCCCAAGCCGACGUCUCCCAGAAGCUCAAUGAGAUCGUGGGACUGCGGUCGCAGCUCAAGGAAGGCAAGAACUUCCUACGGGAGAAAGAGGAGCAGAUCCUCACCCUGAAGGACUCCUACAGCUCCAAGAGCGUCAACCUGGAGAUCUGCGAGGGCGAGCUGCAGAGGAAGAUGAGCGAGGUCCAGGUGCUGAGGGAAAAACUGAACCACUGUGAGCUGGAGGUCUCCGGCCUGAAGCGGACACUUGCCAGCAUGGGACCUGCGGGGCCUUUUGGUGGGGACCUCGGGGAGAAGCUGCGGGACCCGCUGGCCUGCGAGAGCGACGAGGCCAAGAUGCAGAGGCAGAGCGAGGACAGCGUGAACACCCUGAGGAGGGAGGUGGAGCGGCUCCAGACGGAGCUGAAGCUGGAGCGGCAGCAGCGGGAGCAGCAGGUGAUGGACUUCGAGGAGGAGCGGCGCACGUGGCAGGAGGAGAAGGAGAAAGUCAUCAAGUACCAGAAGCAGCUGCAGCUGAACUAUGUGGAGAUGUACCAGAAGAACCAGCUCCUGGAGCACAAGGUGAACGAGAUGAACACAAAGGCCACCAGCCCCCCACACACCGAGGAGAAGAAGACAUGGACUCCCUCCAGACUCGAGCGAAUAGAGUCCACUGAGAUCUGAGGAGGGACCGAGGCGACACGAUGGAAUUUUUUAUUGCUGUGCAUGUACUACCUACUCAAGCCAGUGAUCUUCCGAAGGAUAAUGCGCUCCCGUCGGAGCGGUGCGAGCGUGCUCCCACCAGGCUCCAUCACCCUUACUCUCCACUUCUGUGCUCUGUAGGUAAAAUAAGUGUGGAUGUGCGUUGGUUUUCUAUCGAUAAUGCGACAUCUCGUCUGGGUUUUUUCCUAGUACAGCUGGUGAGGGUCAAUUGGCUCUUUUAUAAUCUGCCCUGACUGUUACUUUGCUAGAGGUUGCCACACCCUCUCCUACAAUUCACCCUUCUUCGGUUGGUUGUUUUGGAGGGUUAUAUUUGGUUUCUUUGGUUUUCCAAGCAUUUAAGUGCAGCAAAACAGUUCAAAGUGGCAGGUUGGUUGUUUUUUGGGUUAUUUUUUUUUUUCCAGGACAUUUUUAGCCACAUUGGCUAAUGGAGCAAAGCUCUUGGGAUCAUGAGCAAACUCAAGUAUUCUUCAUCAAGUAUCCUGUCUAGACGGUGGUCUUAGUGAAGUCAGUGCGAGCUUGGCCACUGAUUUCAGUGAAACCAGACAUAUCUCUACCAGACGACUCCCUCUUGCCCUGGUUGCAAGAGGUUAGGACAUCCUUGAGGAGCAGGAUGAGCCUGUCCUGGUAACAGAAGCCAACAAGGAACGAUGUCCCAGCAGGAGCCUCUCUGGAGGCUCAGCAGAGCUUAACAUAUGCUGCGUUUUCACUUCCUUGUGGUUUCCUCCUGCAGUUCCACUCCUCUCCCAGGUUGUGACCAACCCUGGGAGCAGAAAUACCCUCCCACCUCUGCCUUGGACCCCUUACUCUUACUCUAUGCCCAAGCUGUCUACAGCAAGAAGAAAGCUUGGAAAUCCGAGCUAGUUUCCUUUCCCAGCAGCCCUCUUAACUUCCCAAAGUCAAUGGAAUUGUGGUUUGGGGAAGCCCCCAAACCCAUGGGAUGUUUAUGCAAACUGAAGCUUUAGCAAUCUGCCCCAAAAGUGGGCAACUGUGCCACCCUGUCCCCCAAACAAGUGACACCUUGGUGCACUCUCUUGGCCCAGGGUCUGCUUAAAAACAGCACUCGAGCCUCACUCAGGAGUUGCAGGGGGGGCACAGCAGCAUCACAGCUGGAUUGCAACUGUCAGCCUUCAGUCCUGCCAUUCCACAGCCAUCCCACGGGGCAUCCCACACUCCAGGCAUGGAGAUAAUAACUCGCAGGCCUAGCUCAAGAAACUACUCAGCUACUAACUCUGAGCAUGAAAGAAGUCCUAAGAGGGGAAAAUGCUUAAGAUCACGCAAGUGCUUAUGCCCUGGCAGAAUAAUAAACCAAAUCCUACGUGCACGGUCACUGAGGCAGCAAAACCUGGCAUUCCGCUUGAAAACAUGGGCAAAGUGAGCUCGGUUCUUCCUGUCAUGGACAGUUUUUUUACCAUGAGUCACAAUAAAGAGAAGAAAAAUGCUGUGGAGUUUGCACUGGCCAAAGGAUCAAGAGGAGUGGGGAUUUUGGCUCUCUGCCCUGGGGAGCAGCUAGAAGAGAAAAGAUAGAACUAGCACUGGGAUGUUUUGAAAUGUCUUUUGAGGUGACUCCAGGGUGAGUUUGGCCAGAUUACAUUUCAUGUGAGUACCAAGGAAGAACCUCGAGGCAUUGAGGGGCUGAAGACCUUCCAAACAAAAGCCCUGAAGCUGCACAUUUUCCAUGUUCUGUCUCCCCAAAGCUCUCCUGCUCAUGAGCAGGUCUGACCUUCAGUUUGAGAACAAACAUUACUGUGGUGAGCUCCAGACUGAGCACAGUGGAGACUGCAGUUAGUCCCACCAGCCCAAGUCAUGGGACAGUGCCACUGGCCAAGAGCUGGUGGUGGCUGCCAGAGAUCUCUGGAGCCAUUGGAAAUGGAAAAGCGCAGCAAGACCAGGGCAUUUCAAGACCCCAGCUGACAGUUCCUGUCAUUUCCCACCACUUCUGUUUGGAGCUGGAGAAAGACAACUCAUGGAAAACACCGGGGCAGCUCAGGCUAGUCCCCUUUCCCUGGACCAGCCAUAAAAGGGGGAUUAGGUGAGGUCUAACUCCUGAUGGGUGUGGGGAAGAGUCCUACUGCAAAUCCUGAAGAUGCUCCAGCAGUCUUGGAUGUCAGCCCGUGCACCCCAGCAAGGAAGGAGAGCAGCUGCCUGCCAGUGCCACACAGCUGCAGCCUUUGCCAUGCCCAGGGACACAUCCACAUGCACCUGGCCAGGCAAAUCCUAGAGCUUCCUCCAUGUCAUAGUCCAGGCCUUCCAGACAGAGUCCAACAUCCCACAGUGUCAGGGUUGGAGAUCUGAUGUCUUGCACCAUCUCAGCUUUCUUUUCACAUCAGACAAGCCAACGUUGUCCUCCCUCCUGAAGCAGGUGCUUGGUGUCUGUUCUUGCAAAGAUUGUUCACCUUGGAGGAGGAAAGGCCCACUCCCUCUGCCUUCUUCACUGCAUCACACUGAUCCAGAGUUCCAAUCCAUCUGAGAUCUGAGAGACCUUGACUGUGGACAUUCCCUGGAUGACAGAGCCUUGCAGACACCCAUUAAGACACUGCUGCUGCUGGUUUUCCCACUCUCGGGAUUCUCCACCCAGGAUCCCCCCAGCAUCCGGCUGUCCUGCAGAAACCACUCCACCUGUGCUAUGGUGACAGAAAAAACAGAUGGUUUUGGGAGCCAAACUGCCACAAAGGAUUCCUGUGCUUCAGGAUUCCUCCCCACAACUGGAUGUGCUGCUCCCCAUCAAGUCCUCUCCCCUGUGCCAGUCCUUUGCUCAGCAGAGAUGGAGCAAAAUGAUGGUAAGACACCUGGAUUCCUGCUGUUUGUGCCCAGGUGGAGCUCACCUGGCUCCUUCCAGAUCUUUACACUUUCACAAGUCGAUGAAAUCUCUCACCAAAAACUUUGUUGAGGCUCUGGGGUCAGCCCUGGGUUAGGACAGCCAAGGGGUGCCAGGCUGGAGUUUGGGUGACAUAUCCUGGGAAUGGCCAAGGAGGCUGGCAGUGUGUCUCUUGGAGGCUCAGGCAGGGCUGAUGAAUUGUUCCUGUCCCAUGGAACUCCACCCAGAGUUUGGGCUGGACCAUCCCCCAGCUGUCUCCUCCACCUUGGAGCUAGGGGAAUUCAGCGCAAUGUCCUGGCUCUUGUGUCAUUCUCCAAGUCCUGCCCCCAAAAUCCUCUCUAACUUGCCACUGGCCACCACCACAAGCUGUGGCCAUGAGGGUCUCAGCUCAGUUGCCCACACAUGGGGUCCACAAGCAUUAGAGAUGCCCUAGGAUCACGCAGCUGGAAAAUAUGAUCCAAGAUUUUUGGGAGAGCCAGGCCAGUGGUGGCAGUCCUGGAGCAGCUCUGGUGUCACAGGACCCCCAUGUCCAGAGGCCUGUCAUGCUCCAGGCACAUCCACACGGCAAACAGAGGACACUGAUCAGCUCCAGUGGCUUCCAUCCAUGAGGAUGUGGGCUAAGCAGGCUGCGCUGGUGCCAGGGAAGGUCCUACUCUGCUGUGAGCGGGGCUGCUUUGCUCCACCACCAUCCCAAAGCUGGCUGCUUUGGCUGUCCCAGCAACCCAGCUGGGCUGAUUCCAGCACUCCCCUCUCACCACAACCAGGGCACCUUGUUGUACCUCACACAGCUCCACUUAGCUCCUGCCGCUGUCUGCUGGCAGCUGGUGGCCCAAAUCCUGCUGUCACUGGUGGUGGUCACUCACCUCCAGGUUUCCACGCUCCAGAAUUGAAAUUGUUGCUCUUACGCUGUUGUACAGAGAGAAGUGUACUUGGAUGUAAAUAAGAGCCCAGCUCUGUCUGUUGAUGAUUAAAUGGAGACAAGAAG